AGGAGAGGCCUGGACCUUAGCCGAGCCAUGGGGCGCACCUAGGCGCCCGCACCGGUCGCAAGCGCUCCCCAACAACCCCAGCGCAGCGCCCGUCGGGGCUGCCCAGCGCUGCCGCCCACAGACGCGAUGCACCAGCGCAUGGCCAGCAACGCGUCCAAGGGCCGCCGCCUGAGCGUGGCGGCCAUCACGGGCGGCCGGACCGCCGACGGCCAAGAAACCUUAGAGAGUCGCAUCCGACGGGAGCGCGUCGAGAAGCGCCAGCAGGCGCUGCCCAAACGGGUCGCGAAGCGAAGGCAGACGCAAUUAACCUUAGUGAAGCCGAAGCGGGACGGGAGGGUCGCUACUGGUAAUGCCGAAGCCGUCGUGAAAGAUGAGAUCGUGGUGCGUAUUGAUGCUAUACGUGUCCGUUCUCACGCGGCCAAGAGGUUAUUCCUGCGCGAGGACGACCAGGCCUAUUCGCAGUGCAUCGCGCCGCGCUUUUAUACCAUUCCUGUUUGUGAUUCACCUCGGAAGAAACUGGAUUUGCACGGUCAACCUUUGAAGCGGUUGCAAGAUGAAUACCGAGGGCUGCGGAAAAUUGACCGAGGGGUCAGAAGGAGAAGAAAUGAGCUCUUCGACCAAUUAGAUCAAUGUGCGGAUUUGCUGAGGGUGCUGAAGAAGGAGUUGUUGCUGUUACUAGAUAAAAGGGCGUCGCUCGCGCAGAAACGUCUGGAGCUCGUCGACGAGCUCGGAGGUUGGAAAGGUAGAGAUGCCCAAGGCAAUGCCGCGCUGCCUUCCUCCCUUGUGGAAAGGAAGGUCUCUGGACGGGUGGCGAUGCGCGAGCUGCUCCAGCAGUUGAGUGAUCCAGUGAGUUACGCCGGGGUGCUUGCUACUUCCGGCGAACAAGCGCCAGCUCUACUCGAGUCGAGGAAUCAGCUGCGGCAACACAUCCGGGACGCGCGAUCUUGGCGCGAGCGUCUUAAUGACGACGAGUUCGUCGGCGACUAUUCGACGGAAGAUUCUUCUGAAAGCAGCGAUAGCUCUGAUAGUGAAGGUGGUCAGAACGUUGCUGGAGAAGGUAGACCAUCAGACGACGACAGACAGGCCGCUCGUGAUUUGUUAGUCUUCUGGGACGCCCUCAACCGAUUGGAAGCGGCGCACGCCGGCGAGGCGGUCGAGGCCCCCGUCGGUGUAAGACCGACGCUCGUGGACGUUACGGUGGUCCCGGAGAGCCCAGUGGGUCGUCGACCGGCCGUGCGCUUCGCGGCGGAGUCGAUCCACAGCCAGCCGGCGAGACGGUACACGAUCACCACAGAUCAAGUGAGACCAACCUCAAAAACUGGCAGUAGGGCUGAAAGGCGGCGUCGAAGGGACGAGCCCGAGAUGUUUUCAAGUGAGGUCGUUCAAGAGAAGAAGUCCUCGUGGUUCGGGAGUAGAGCGCCGGCCCCGGCGCCCUCUGUCGUACCUCUACCCCCCAAGCCCGGCCGACCGUCGGCGCGAUCUUCCGUCCGCAUCAGCACAAUAGCCUACAAGGACCAGGGCGUGCCGGCGAAAGUCGCCUUAGAAGUAGCCGAGUCCCUACCCGAUCUAUAUAGAGGCAAGGACGAGCUCGUAGCGCUAUGCCAGUCGCUCUCGAAGAAGUGGGGCAAGAGUCGCUCGACGGUGCCUCUGUCGGCCUUCGCUCCAGCCAAGGCGACGUUGUGGUCCUCGUUGCAGCGCUUCGUGCCGUGGCUCGAACGCUGUCCUUUCGCUGAUGAUUUUUUGUGGGAAUUGAGACACGAACGCACGUUAAAAUUCGAAUCCAGAAGAUCGAAGGCCUUACUCACGGCGAGGAAGAAGGAGCGCGGCGCGGAGCUCGAAGAGGAGGAAGUUCAGGAAGAAAAUAAAGUUCUCAAGAGACGGGAGCGACGCGCGAGGACGAUCCUGGCCCGAGAGAGAAGAGGAGCCACGCUCGUGAAGGAUGCGACGGACGGGAUGCUGCGGGAGCACUUACAUGAUGAAGAGUUCAUGAAUAGCGCAGCGGUGCACGGGAACGACACGCGGGUCAGGCUCGAGGUCCUCGAGCCGGCGUUGCGGGCCCAAUUGAAGGAAGCCGCGGUUCUAAGGACGGCGUUGCGGGCCGAGGUGGCGUGUUUGACGCAGUUCGUGUUGAGUAGAGCGGCCGUGCACGCUCAAAAAAUGUGGCGAGGUAAAUUAGCAAGAGGUGAUCGCAGCAAGGACGGUGCCAAGGACAAGUUGCGGAACUUCACGCUCCAUCAGGCCUACAUGGGUGCGUACAGUGCUUGUGUGCAACUGCAGGGCUGGGGCCGGAUCCGAGUAGCGAAGAAAGUAGCACGAAACGUCUUGUGGUGGCGGCGCUACGAUUGUGCGGUCCGGAUUCAAUCCCAAGCUCGUCGACUGUUUGCUGUACAAAUAGCGUUAAAUAUAAUCGCGGAUCUCGAGAGACGAGCGUUGGCGCGAGCGGUGUUACUAGCGCAAACUAGAAUACGGGGCUGGCGCACGCGAGCGAGGCACGGGGCGCGCACGAGGUACCUCAAGAAGAUGGCUGAGGAUGGAAAACGAGCCUGGGCCGCCACUUGUAUCAAUGCUCAUAGUAGAGCACAUUUAGCCAAGAGACUUAAGUCGAGAAGGAACGUCGAGAGCGAGGUGAAUCAACGAUUACUCAGACUAGCCCACCGCUACCUCAAGGACGGCAAUCUGUGGGCCUUUGUGGAAGCGGUAGAUGCCGACUACCGGCGCUACGAGCGCGACGCGGACGAAGCCAGAAGACGAGAAGACGUCGACGCGGCGACCUUCGUCGAGAAAGUCCUGCAACAGCGGGACCAGGACCACGUCAAGGCCUGGCGCAGUUUCAUGGAGGCUACUAAGAGCAAGUAUGUUGAUGAAUCACAUAGGGAUGAUGGUGGUACUUCACUCAUACCAGGACCUAGGUUACGGUUGCUGUUGGAUGGCCUGGGCUCGGAAGUCACGCCGGAGCAGGAGGCGGCCGCUCGCGCCGCCGUGUCGCCCGUCGAGGCCGGCCAGAGGCACCGGAAGGAGAUUGCCGACACGUACGGCCUGCCGGGCGCGCUGGCGUCACCAGUGACGGGUACGCCGGCGAAGGCGUCGCCGGCACCGCAGGCGUCGCCUACUAAGCGGUCGCCUGGGCCGCCCCAGCGCUCUCCAUCGAGGUCACCGACACGAGGGUCACCAAUCCGCUCCCCCGGCGGCUCGCGGCGCUUCCCGACGGGCAACCCGUACGAGGGCCGCUUCGCGGAGCCGACGGGCGCUUCACCGAUCAAAACUAUGACAGGAAGCAAACCACACGCCUCCUGGGCGCCGGCCUAUCGGUCGAGGAGCAUCAUGGGGUUGGUGAAUGCUGCUGCUCGCGCAGCGGCUGGUGAGGACGGAGACCGCCGCAAGAGAUUACACAGGGACCACUCGACGCCGGCGGGCUUGGAGGCCUUGCUCGAUGUGCCUCGUGGUUUGGACGACGCGCUGGAACCGUUACUACGAGCGGCAGCUUUACGGGCCCACGUGCCCGAGGAGUUUCCCGAGGGCACUACUCCACAAGAGGCCUUUGAAGUGUACAGGUCCUUGCCUCCCUCCCUCAUCAAGUCGAAGCACGAGAUGGACGCCCACAAACGCGUGCCGCGGUGGAUCGCUGCGCUGAGAGCUUCUGGUUUCGACACGGUACGAUCUCUAUGCCCACCUAGACGGUGCCGCGAAACGAUCCUGAACCUGGAGCCCUGGGUGAAGCGCAACGAAGAACCGGGUAGAAGUCCAGACAGAGACGUCGUAUCGAAGCAGGAGCUCGCCACGGUGCUACCUGCCAAACACCUGGCGGACGCCUGUUGUCAAUUACUUAUAGACUUGCAUCAGGUCGCUACGACAUCACUAGCUAGUCAAGGCAUCGCCCAGAACGCCACGGCGGAGAAGUGGCAAGCGAUCGAGAAGGGUAACUUUGAACCCACUGAGGAUAGUGACUUCGAGGAGGCCCCGUCUGAACAGCUGGAUGCCGAUGAUAGGGCAGAAUUAGAAGCGGCCAUGGAGGGGCGAGAAGCGACGGCUCUUGACAGAGCAUUGCGCAAAGAGAAGGAAUUAGUCGAGGUGAAGGUGCGGCCGCCGCUACACCCUGAUGAUGUGGCACCGAAUCCCUCACCUCGAGGACGGGAAGUCCAGAAGCAGAUGCAUCGCGCUACUGGUGCGAUUGACUUGGAGACUAGUUUGGAAGAUGGAGCCAUGAAUGAUCUGAGGAGGGCCGGGGGUGUUGAGGCUCCCGCGAAGCUACUGUUGCGACGAGCUGCUUUUCUCUCGGGCGGUUCACCAUUAGAUGUGUUUGCGGAUCAACUGUUCGGUGCCGAAACACCCGACGAGGAACGUCAAUUAGUGUCAGAAAGGCAUAGGAAAGCAGCGGAGCUGACGGGCGUCCUGGGGACUGAACUGGAGCGAGCGGGCAUUAACGUCGCGCGGGACUUGGCUUCCGCCGACUUAGCGGCCUUCGGGGCGUCGCCUGAUUUGGUGCGACGGGUCGAGGUGCUGUUACGGUUCCUGGCUCCUGGUUCGGCCGUGGGCCGCCCGAAAGGGUUACCGCCGGCCUCGGCCAAUUCCGAGUAUCGGAACGGCCCGCCACCGUCCCGGGGCACGGGCCCGCACAAGGUUCCAGAUGUGCGCGUGCGACCGGUGGCCUUGCCCUACGACCCGCGGUUCCAGCGCGGACCUUUUGAUGCCGCCGGUGCUGGCAGGUUGUUAAAGGGCUGGUCGGAAGGCAGAAAGACGCCCAUUCCCCAUCAUCGAGAGCCGGCGGCCGAAGCAUUUCGAGUGAAGGCGCAGGGCGGCGACGCUCAAGAUUACGAGGUGGCACCGAGUGCCGAGUGGAUCUUUUCUCAGACGACGCCGGCGCCCGCUCCAGUUGCUGAGAAGCGACGGCCUCGCAUCUCCGAUGCCAGGCACGAGCUCGUGCCGUUACAUUUACAACCCCAGGAGUUUGUGGGCGGCCAUAAUCGAAGCGGAAAAUUGCACAAGCGUGUUCUAGAUCGAGCCACGAACUACUUCGCGGGCUAUCAGCAGUAUACGCAAACGAGGCAAUUGUUUCGGGACGAGCCCCGCGCCGUGUACGAGGCGAGAACAGGAGACAUCCAGGAGCCGCCCGGCACCCUAGAAACGUUAUCUGUUGAGUUGUUGCGGAACUCCGCGUUCAGGAACGAGGCGCCCGCUCCCAUGCCGUCCGUGUCGACCGUGAAGACGGCGUCUUCGGUAAUCAGGACGCCUUAUGGGGUCGUCAAGGCGGCCGAAAAACGGAAACCUCGGAGAAGGCCAGCGCCGCGGCGGCGGAGGCCUAGGCCUAUUGAUCCUGAGAAACAGUUGAGAACCUUGAUCGACAAAGUGGAUGCAGCGACUUUGGAUCGUAUUUUGGCCGAGAAGCGUCCUCCGGCGCCGGCUCCCGCGGAAGAGGCAGAGGUGGAAGAAACGCCCGAGUUGCUCGCGCGGCGCGAGGCGCUCUGGAAUCAGAUUCGGAGCGAUUCAGAGGCGCGGGCGCGGGGGGAACCCGUAAGAUGAAGUCUGUGUUU